CAUACACUACCAUUUCUCCAGAGGAGCUGCUUUCUUCAAUCCGUCCAAACUUUUGUGCAUGGAUGUUACUCGGGACGAAAUAACGUGCUACACCAUCUAGUCUAGAUCUACAUGUAGGCUAUUUCAGUUGAGGCACAACAUUUUUCAAAUAUUUUUUAGUUUGGUUGUCUUUGGCAAUAAUUCGAUUUCUAUAGAUACAUUUUUUGGGGGGGAUGCGCCAAAACGUAUUUUUUUUUAGGUGUUAAUGUUUUAACUGGUUUGUUACGUUUAUGAAAUCAAACACAGAUGCAGUAAAUUGAGAAUGACCGCUAUUAUGUUGAAGUGCCUUGUCUUGGCGCUCUUUAUUUGCGGGCACAAAGUCCUGACCGACCCGCGAGUUGAGGGUGGCCAGGAGCACUUUGAUUCCAUGGACAGUGACAGCGCUUCAACCCUGGCAUUUGUGUUCGAUGUUACUGGUUCAAUGUAUGACGACCUCAAACAGGUGAUAGAUGGAGCCUCUCGGAUCCUGGAAAAGACCCUCAACCGGAGGACAAGACCCAUCAAAAAUUUUGUCCUCGUGCCAUUUCAUGACCCAGACAUUGGCCCUGUGUCCAUCACCACUGACCCAAAGAAGUUCCAGCAGGAUCUGCAGGAGCUGUUUGUCCAAGGAGGUGGAGACUGUCCAGAGAUGAGUAUAGGAGCCAUAAAGAAGGCCCUGGAGGUGUCCCUACCAGGCUCCUUUAUCUACGUGUUCACUGACGCCAGAGCCAAAGACUACCGCCUCAAACGGGACGUACUGCAGCUGGUGCAGCUCCGACAAUCACAGGUUGUGUUUGUGCUGACUGGGGACUGUGGAGACCGCUCUCAGCCUGGGUAUAGAGCCUAUGAGGAGAUCGCUGCCACAAGUUCUGGACAGAUCUUCCACCUGGACAAGCAGCAGGUCAAUGAGGUCUUGAAGUGGGUGGAGGAGACAGUGCAGGCCCUGAAGGUUCACCUGCUCUCUUCCAAUCAUGACAGCGCUCAGGAGAACCAGUGGGAGGUGCCCUUUGACCCCAGCCUGAAGGAGGUCACUGUGUCACUUAGUGGCCCAGCCCCUCAGAUCGAGCUCAGGGAUCCCCUUGGUCACACUGUUAGAGUGGAGGAGGGCCUCACAGAGCUGCUGAAUAUCCCAAACUCUGCCCGUGUUGUCAACCUGAAGUUCCCCCGACCUGGAGCCUGGACUCUGAAGGUGGGCUGCGGUGGCCGCCACACUCUGAGAGUUUCAGGGGUCAGUAAUCUGGACUUCCGGGCUGGGUUCUCCAGUAUACCAGUGUCUGAGUUCAACCAUACCAGGGAGAGACCCAUCAAAGGAGUUCCAGCCCAUGUGCUGCUGAAGUGUACAGGACUGAAGCCCCCAGGUCAGCUGAGUCACAUGGAGUUAGUUUCAGGUUCAGGACGCUCCCUACGUACCCUCCCUGUGCCUCUGCCCUCUGACAGUGGCAGCCGAGGACUCUGGAGUGUCCCAAAAUUUCGCACUCCUUCCCAAAGCUUCUUCCUCAAGGUGACAGGGAAGGAUGAUGAAGGAUACCCCUUCCAGAGGUUGUCCAGUGUCUCCUACACAAACAUAAUCCCAGAUCCCCCAGCGGUGAGCAUGCCCAAGGUGGUGAACGGCUUUUAUAUGCAGCCCGCUAUGAUUGGCUGUUCGGUAGAGAGCGACGUUCCCUAUAGGCUGAGGUUCACCAGGAGUGGCGUUGCUAUUGGGGAGGAGAAGUUGUUCCAGUUCUCUGGCAAAGCAUUUUGGGAAAUUCCACAUGCCUCAGGUGAGGAUGAGGGUUCGUACGAGUGCAUCGCUCAGAGCAGCGCAGGACUCAGACGAGCGCUCACACAGCUGACCGUGAGAGAGCCUCCUCCGGUGCUGAAGGCCCCACUGAACGUGAGCUCUACGGUGGGGGCUGUGGCCGUGAUGGCCUGCCAGGUGGAGGGCUCCAUGCGCCACAACCUGACUUGGCAGCGGGCAGGCGUCACUAUCUUGGCCCACUCCGGGAGGGUCAGGGUCCUGCCCAACUCCUUCCUGGAGAUCAAUGAGGUGCAGCCCCAGGAUGCCGGCCAGUACCAGUGUGUGGCCACCAAUGCCAACGGAGACAGCCGAGUCACAGUGUGGCUGCUCGUCCCAGAGGCCCCUUCUGUGGUAGUCAGACCCCAGAGACAAGCCUUCUCCAGGGGGUCUGAGGUCCGCCUCGUCUGCACAGCAGCCGGCUCCCCCCCUCCGCAGCUCUUCUGGAGUCAUGGAAACAUGUUCCUCUCUAAUCGGCCAAGGAUGAGUAUAUCCAACCACGGAGGUCUAACAAUCAGAGAUGCCCUCCCCGAGGAUGCUGGGAACUACACCUGCCUGGCAACCAACGAGGCUGGAACUGCCACUCAGACUGUGUCUCUCAAUUAUGCAGAGGAACCCAGUAUCUGGGUGGUGAAACAGGUUGUGAUGGUCGCAGUUGGAGGUGAUGCGACUCUGGAGUGCCGAGCCACCGGAGUUCCUCUUCCUCUGGUCAAAUGGUCCAAAGUUGAUCUACAGGCGGGCUCAAUUCCUUUUGCUGAGCAGGACGUGCAUCACGGGACGCUGCAGAUCCGAGGAGUGCAGGCGAUGGAUGCUGGGGAGUACAGCUGUGUGGCCAGUAACCCUGCGGGAACCUCGUCUGCUACUGUUAUCCUGGAGGUCGGAGCGGCCCCUCUAUUCUCAGAAACCCCAGUUGACAUGACAGUGGAUGUGGGGGAGAAUGUCACGCUGCCCUGUGUUGCCCGGGGUUUCCCCUUGCCUACAGUUACCUGGCGUCUAAAGGAUGGUAGAGCGAUCAUCUCUGAAGCAUACAGCAGUGGUGGCACGGUGCAACUAGAAACAGGGCAUCUCCUGAUCCAGGAUGUCUGGUUGGAUGAUGAAGGCCUGUAUGUCUGUGAGGCCAAGAAUCAGUUCGGAACCAUCAGGACUGAGGCCAGAGUCAGUGUCAGUGGACUGGAGCCCCCUCUUUUGGCACAUGGUGUCCCAGUCAUCACCACUGGGAUUAGUGAGUCCCUGAGCAUACCCUGCAUGCUAUUGGAUGGAAUACCCCUGCCAGAGAGACACUGGACCCACAAUGGAAACCAACUGCAGCUGAGUGGCAGGAAGUUCCUGAGGAGCGAUGGCAGCCUGUACAUAGAGAGGGCACUCCCAGAGGAUGCUGGGAUCUAUGUUUGCACUGCGGUGAACGUAGCCGGGUCGGUCAACACAUCAGUCAGCCUGGAAGUCCAUGUACCCCCAGAGAUCAGCGCUGGUCCAUACCACUACAUAGCCAACGAGGGCGUGGCCAUCACCAUGUCAUGUGAGUCCAGUGGAGUUCCCAAGCCAACUGUUGUCUGGUCCAAGGGAAGGGAGCCCCUGCCCAGAGGCAGGUCCUCCCCCCAGUCAGACCCUGAUGGCUUCCUCCAUAUCCUCAACCCCACUGCAGAAGAUGCAGGCAUAUAUAUUUGCACAGCCACCAGUGCAGUGGGCUACACCAGCCGUGAGAUCAAGCUUAGUGUCAACACCAAGCCUAAGCUCAUAGGUGUGAGUGGUGAGGAGAACACGGUGAAAAUGGCUGCUGAGGUGGGCUCUGAGGUCAUCCUCCCUUGUGAGGUCCAGGGCAGUCCCUCUCCUCUGGUCACAUGGAGCAGGAACGGCCAGCCAAUCCCUCCAGUCACUGCUUGGUUCACCGUGCUGCCUUCUGGUUCUCUCAAGAUCACCGAUGUCCGACUGAUUGAUAGUAAACUUUACACCUGCUCAGCAGAAAACCCAGCCGGCAACGUGUCGCUCAACUACAAUUUACACAUACAAGUUAAGCCCAAGAUCCAGGCAGCUCCGUCCCUGCUGAAGGCGCUGAUAGGCCAGACGGUGGUUCUGCCGUGUGUGGUUCAGGGGGAGCCCAGACCUGAGAUCAGCUGGUUCCACAACGGACGUCCUGCCGGGGCGAGGGACACUGCAGCCCUCAGAAUCCACAGGGCCAGCCUCACUGACCAGGGCACCUACAGCUGUGUGGCCAAGAACACUGCUGGACAGGAUACCAUGGAGGUCAAACUGGAGGUGCUAGAGGCCCCGUCCUUCGCUGAGCCUGGAGAUGCCAUCAUGGAGAAAGUGUCUCACAGCAAGGUCACCAUCCCCUGCCCUGCUGAAGGCUCACCCUUUCCAAAGGUGCGCUGGUUCAAGAACGGUCUUGGGAUAUUCCCUGACCAAUCAGAGUUCUCUGUGGCAGAAGAUGGCUCUCUUGUGAUUGGCUCUGCAUCUGCCAGUCACAGCGGGGACUUCAAGUGUGUGGCCAGCAAUGAUGCAGGCUCUGUUGAGCGGAAGACACGGCUGAAAGUGAAUGUUCCCCCCGAGAUACAGGAUGAUGGACAGCCCCUGAACCUGACUGUCACCCUGAAGCAGCCCCUCACUCUCGGCUGUGAUGCCUUUGGUAUCCCCUCCCCCACAAUCACCUGGACUAAAGACGGACAUAAUGUGGUGGACUCCCUUGGAGUGUACCUUCAGAAUGGGAAGAGACUUCUGAGAAUCUACCGGGUCCAGGAAGAGCAUGGUGGCCACUUCACCUGCACAGCUAGUAACACAGCCGGGCAGGCCCAAAGGAACUACAACAUUGUAGUACAAGCCCCACCAGUAAUCUCGGGGACGUCCAGGGUACAAGACCUGUCAGUGGUUGCUGGACAGGAGGUGGAGGUCCAGUGUUGGGUCGGUGGGCGCCCAGCCCCCAAAGUAGAAUGGAGCCGGGAUGGAGAGGUGCUGUCCAAGGACGGGGACCCCCAUGUGGAGUUCCAUGAGCAGGGCCAGGUGAUGAAGGUGAAGACAGUCAGACUGAGGGACCAGGGCUUGUACCAGUGUCUGGCCAGUAACAGCGCUGGGACACAGAUGCGCCAGUUCAGACUCAUAGUGCUAGCUCCCCCCACCAUCAGGGGCCCCAGUGAGACCUCAGAGGUGUCUGUGGUGUUGGGUUUCCCCACCGUUCUGCCUUGUGAUGUAGAAGGUUCUCCCAUGCCCAGUAUCACCUGGCUGAAGGACAACCAGCCCAUUGUGUCCAGUGCCCAGCUCACCUACACCCGGGGUGGGCAGGCGCUGCGGCUGGGGACAGCACAUGGAGACAGUGCUGGUAUCUACACCUGCCGAGCCUCAAACCCUGCAGGCACCACUCUCAAACACUACUCACUCAGCGUGCUUGUUCCACCCCAGAUUGAAGGCAACUCUACAUCUCUGAGUUUUGGCGGCCGAGAUGAGAAAGUGCGUAUCAAUGGCUCAUUAACCCUGUCCUGUCUGGCUAAAGGCUUUCCUGAACCCAAGACCCAGUGGUUCAAAGAUGGUCUGUUGUUGACUAGGAACUCCCACACUGGUAUUCGUGAGAGUGGUCAGUUCCUUCACAUAGACAAUGCCAUACUCUCCCAUGAGGGACAAUACACCUGUGUGGUCACCAACACUGCAGGAGAGGACAAGAGAGACUUCUAUGUCACCAUUCAUGUUCCUCCCAUCUUCCAUCGGGUGAGUAACGGUGCAGCAGCCUGGGGUCUGAGAGGAGAGGAUGAAGAAGAGGAGGGAGGGGACAGAGAUGAUGAGAUAACUGAGAAGAGAGAGGUGGUCCUGGGGCAUCCCAUCAGCUUGUCCUGUGAGAGUAACGCCAUCCCCCCGCCCCAUCUUAGCUGGUAUAGAGAGGGACACAAGCUCUCCACUGCUGACGGAGUGGUACUGCUUCCAGGUGGGCAGGUGCUCCAGAUCCCUCGGGUCCAGCAGGAGGAUGCUGGAAAAUAUACAUGUCAGGCGGUGAACGAAGCAGGAGAGGACCGCAUGCACUUUGACCUGGAUGUGCUGGUUCCCCCAGUGAUAACUGGCCAGUUGGAUGAGUUCAUGCAGGAGAUAGGAGCGAUAGUGAACAGCACAGUGGCUCUCCACUGUGACGUAACGGGUCAUCCAGCACCAGCAAUCUCCUGGCUGAGGGACGGCACACCACUGCACUCCGGACAACACCACAGCAUCAGUAAGGACGGGAGACAACUACAGGUCCUCAGUGUGCAGGUAUCAGACAUGGCUGGUUACCUUUGUGUGGCUGAAAACAAGGUUGGAGCAGUGGAAAAGCUCUUCAGUCUAACAGUGCAAGUUCCCCCAAGGAUGGUGGCUGGCAGGGAGGAGGAGGUGAGUGUGAUCCAGGGACACAUGGUGUCCCUGCUGUGUGACGUCCAGGCGUACCCUCCUCCAGAGAUCACAUGGACCAGAGAUGGACAGAUCCUCCAGUUCAGCAUGGGAAUCCACAUCCUGCCAGGAGGUCAGAUGCUGCAGCUGCCCCGGGCCAGACUAGAGGAUGCAGGACAGUACGUGUGCACUGCCACCAACUCAGCAGGCCAGGACCAGAAGAGCAUCCUACUCAGUGUUUAUGUCCUGCCCACGUUGAGGCCCCGCCUUGACUCUGAGUCAGAGUUCGUGACCCCUCAGAUGGGCUCGUCUGUCACUCUGCGCUGUGAGGCUCGGGGGAUCCCAGAGCCUGAGGUUACAUGGUACAGGAACGGGCUACAGCUGGCAGCUGGGAAUGGACUGAAGGUGGACCAGCAGACACUGGAGAUCAUGGGAGUGCAGAUGGCUGAUGGUGGAAUCUACACCUGCAAGGUGUCCAAUGUGGCUGGACAGGUGGACAGGACCUUCCGCUUGACUGUCCAUGUUCCCCCUGUCCUGGAUGGGCCUCUUCAUGAGUCUCUCACUCAAAACCUGGGCUCCCAUGUCACCUUGUUGUGUGAAGCUACAGGGGUCCCAGUACCUAGCAUCACCUGGCUGAAGGAUGGCACCCCUAUUGAGAGCAGUCUGCAGUGGCAGUGGUCGGUACGAGGCAACAGACUGGAGCUGGGUCCUCUCACCCUCUCUCACGCUGGGACCUACACCUGUGUGGCCAAGAACAGGGAGGGACAGACUCAGAAGGAUUACACUCUCACAGUGCAAGUGUCGCCCACGAUCCUGGACUCUGGCCACUCGUCUGAACUGAGUGCCCCAGUGGGCGAUGAUCUGACUCUGGAGUGCAGAGUGACAGGGACACCUGCACCCCACCUCAGCUGGCUGAAGAACGGCGCCACUCUGGAAGAUUCAGACCCCCAAAAAAUAGACAUAGCCCCUGAUGGGAGCACUCUAACCCUGCUAAGGCUCAGGCCUGAGGACUCUGGGAUGUACACCUGUCUGGCUGUCAGCCCUGCUGGUCAGGAGAACAAGAUCUACACCCUCUUUGUACUGGUACCUCCCUCUAUCUCGGGCGAGACUAGCGCCCCCAGAGAGGUGCAGACCACCCAGGACAGUGUGGUGACACUGGAGUGCCAGGCAGCGGGAAACCCUCCACCUCAGAUCAGCUGGCUGAGAAAUGGACGCCCCCUGCUUCUGUCUUCCCGUACCCGCCUUCUCUCAGCAGGCGCUGUACUUAGGAUUUCCCCAGUGCAGCUGGCAGACUCUGGGAUCUAUACAUGUGUGGCACGCAGUCGCGCUGGCCUCGCCGAGCUCAACUUUGACGUACAGGUUCAAGUGCCUCCAGGUGUGGAGCCUGUAGAGUCAGUCACAGUGGUGCGGGGGUCCUUGGUGACACUGACCUGUGAGGCGCGGGGUGUCCCUCCUCCCUCCCUGACCUGGCUGAAGGACGGCCAGCCCCUGUCCCUGCACCGUAACCUGCUGUUGGACGGCCAGGAGACACGGCUGCAGCUGCCUGAUGUGGGGCUCUCUGACAGAGGCCUCUACAGCUGUGUUGCCAGCAACCAGGCUGGCAGCAGCACCAAGAGCUUCAACCUCACUGUGUUGGUUCCUCCAAAGAUUUCCAUCUCCAGUUCUCCAGAAGAGUUGAUGGUAGCUGUGAACACUGCUCUGGAGCUGGAGUGUACUGCCGAGGGCAUCCCUCCUCCUACCCUCAGCUGGCUCAAGGAUGGGCACCCCUUACAGGGAGAUAGUGAGAUAGUGCAGGAGGAUGGACACUUUCUUAGGAUUACCCAAGUGCAGGUAGAGGAUGCAGGUCUUUAUACCUGUCUGGCUACCAGCCCAGCGGGCGAGGAUGGAAAGAACCACUGGGUCCGGGUUCAAGUUCCGCCAACUCUUCUUGGCUUUGAUGAUGUCAGAUUGUUGUCAGUCCCAGCCAAAGGACACCUGACUAUGGAGUGCCAGGCUGACCUUGACCCUGCACCUGAUAUAGAAUGGUACAAGGACGACGUGAGACUACAGCUGGGGGGUCGCAUCCAGAGGCUUGCCGGGGGUCAGUACCUGGAGAUCCAGAAUGUUAGGCCUCAGGACAGUGGCCAGUACAGCUGUGUGGUCACCAACAUGGCCGGAAGCACCAGCCUUUUCUUCACUGUGGAGAUCCUCUUGCCACCAGUCAUCAGAGAGAGCAGCUCUGAGGUCACUGCACAUAUCAGGCAGGAUGCAGUCCUGCCCUGUGAAGUAGAGGGGGAAACCUCACCUAGGGUCAUGUGGAGGAAAAAUGGCAUCCCUAUAGAUCCUGACAAUAACAAGUACACCAUGCUGUCUGAAGGCUCUCUGCGUGUAAAGGCUGUUCAGCUAAGUGACUCUGGCCGCUACUACUGCACCGUGUCCAAUCAGGCCGGAUCAGAUCAUAGUGGGAUGGACUUACGUGUGUUAGUGGGUCCCUCGAUCAGCCCUGGUCCUUUCAAUGUGACGGUGACCACAGGGGUGAGAGCCGUACUGAGCUGUGAGACUACAGGUAUACCAGCCCCUAAAGUCACCUGGAAGAGGAACGGCACUCCACUAGACCCCAACCAGCAGCCUGGCACAUACAUGUUACUCUCCUCUGGAUCUCUGACAAUUUCCUCUCCAUCCAAUCAGGAUGAGGGAUACUUUGAAUGCACAGCAGCCAAUGAGGUUGGAGAGGAGCGCCAGGUCAUUGAGGUCAUCCUACAAGUCGCUCCAACCAUUGAAGAUGACAUUACAACAGUCACUGCUAUCAAAAUGGCCCCUGUGGUGCUGCCAUGCCAUGCACAGGGCAUCCCAGAGCCCACUGUCAGCUGGACCAAGAGUGGAGCCAAGCUGGGAUCCCGGGGAGGAAGUUACCGGGUCCUGCCCACAGGAGUUCUGGAGAUCACAGCUACUACCCCCAGUCAUGCAGGGAGGUACACCUGCUCUGCCCGGAACCCUGCAGGAGUGACCCACAAACACAUCACUCUCACAGUGCAAGAGCCCCCUGAGAUCAGGCCUAUGACAGAGGAAGUACAAGUAGUGUUGCAUCAUGGGACGGUUCUGCCUUGCGAGGUGCAGGGUUUCCCCCGACCCUCCAUCACCUGGCAACGAGAGGGUGUUCCCAUAACAGCUGGUCACAAACUGGCUCUCCUUUCAAACGGAGCUCUGAAGUUCUCUCGAGUCACUCUGGGUGAUGCGGGCACCUACCAGUGUCUGGCACAGAACGAAGCUGGCACAGCAAUAGGAAGGACACGUCUAGUACUGCAAGUUCCCCCAGUGCUGAGAGUUCCUCGUGAGGAGUACGCAGCAGUCCUGGGCCAGCCAGUGAGCCUGGAGUGUUUGGCAGACGGACAGCCCCAGCCGGAGGUGUCCUGGCAAAGGGAGCGCAGGCCCCUCACAGAGGGGGCACACAUACAGCUCUUUGCCAAUGGCACCCUGAGGAUCGCAGCCACACAACGCAGUGAUGCUGGACUGUACACCUGCUCAGCCAAAAACCUCGCUGGCAGGGCCAGCCAUGACAUGAGGCUUGCCAUAAUGAUCCUGCCCAUGAUUCCUGUUGGUCAGCCGGAGUUGUCCGUCAUCCAGGGCUUCCAGGCCUUGUUACCCUGUGCGGCUCAGGGUUCACCAGAGCCCAGGGUGUCAUGGAAGAAGGAUGGUAACAUCGUUCCCAGCCUGUCUGGCAAAUUCACUGUGCUGCGGUCAGGAGAGCUGAUCAUUGAGAGGGCAGAGCCAGAUGAUGGUGGUGUGUUCACCUGUGUGGCCACCAACACAGCAGGCACUGUGAGACAGGACACCCGCCUGUCCGUCAACAUGAGACCCGCCUUCAAGGAGUUACCUACUGACGUGACCAUGAACAAAGGUCAAAGUCUCAGCUUGUCUUGCCACGCCCAGGGCAUCCCUACCCCUGUCAUCUCCUGGACCGCUAACAACAGCCCCUAUCCAGUUUCCAGUGUGGACGAGGCAGGCAGAAGCUCCUUGGUAAUAGAGAAUGUGACCUUGAGGGAUGCAGGAACCUAUGUGUGCCUAGCAGAGAACAGUGUGGGCACCAUCAGAGCACUCUCAUUUGUCCGCAUCAGAGAACCACCGGUGUUGAAGGGAGAGGCCCACACCUCUCAGACUGUGGCCCAGAGUGGCACUGCCAUGCUGGACUGUCCUGUCCAUGGAGACCCCAGUCCGGUCCUCCGCUGGGUCCAUGACGGCAGACCCCUUCUCCGCUCCCUUCGCCUGCAAUCCCUCCAUAAUGGCUCCUUGGCCAUCUACAGCAUCACGAGAGAAGAUGCAGGGGAGUACCAGUGUGUGGCUGAGAGUGAGGCUGGGGUCGCUGAGAGGACGAUUUCUCUCAAAGUACAGAUCAAUGGAGGUUAUUCUAACUGGGAGGAUUGGGGCCCAUGCAGCACCACCUGUGGUCGAGGGAAUCAGGAGCGAAUCAGGUUAUGCAACAAUCCAGAGCUGGCCAAUGGGGGGAAAUCAUGUGACGCUCCCAGUAGGGACUCCAGGAGAUGUCAGAUUGGACUCUGUCCAGGGGAGGCCCCUCGUAAGGCCAGGGGGAGUCUGAUUGGGGUGGUGAAUGAUAGGGAGUUUGGGGUGUCGUUCCUGGAGGCUAACAUCACAGAUAACCCAGAAGAGGGCACCAGCACCCUGCAGGCCCACCUGGACAACAUCCCUCCUAGUGUGGGUCCAUUGCUACGGGUGUUGGUGUCUGUGUUUGCUCCCAUCUACUGGACCACAGUGCUGCAGACUGGAGCAGCCAAGAACGGCUACUCCCUGACCCAGGGCCUGUUCAGACAGGAGUCACAGCUGGAGUUUGACACAGGAGAGAUCCUUCAGUUGACCCAUGUAGCCAGAGGUCUGGACUCAGAGGGGGCUCUCCUAAUAGACAUUGUCAUCAACGGCUUUGUCCCUCUGACAUUAUCAACCUCCCAUCUCAAUCUGCAGGAGUUUGAUGAGUCAUACGUGCAAACGGGACCAGGGCAGCUGUACUCAUGGUCGUCCCAGGCCCACCAGAGAGCAGACGGUCCCAUGGUGCUGCGCUGUAACCACUCCAUCAUCUACGAGGGCCGAGAGGAGCGUCAGGGGCCACUGCUGCAGCUCGUCAAGGUGUCCCAGAUGGAUGGCAUCUACAGCAUGUUCACUCUCAGUCUGGACUUCCAGAUCACAGCCUCCCUACUCCUACCUGAUGGGGAUGGAAAAACAUGCCCGGAAGGUUUUGUCCUGGAUACAGCCUCUUACUGUACAGAUGAGGAUGAAUGUGCUGCCGAGUCGCCUUGCUCACAUUCCUGCAACAAUGUGAUGGGUGGCUUCUCCUGUGCCUGUCCCUCUGGCUUCACCAUCUCCCCAGAAACCAACACAUGUCAAGAUAUUGAUGAAUGUGCCCAGGGCUCCCACAUGUGCCACUACAACCAGCAGUGUGUGAACAUGGUUGGCACAUACCGCUGCCAGGCUAAAUGUGUCCCAGGCUUCAAGCCCAGCGCCAUGGGAUCCAGCUGUGAAGAUGUGGAUGAGUGCCAGGAGUCGUCUCUCUCCCCUUGUCAGCAGCAGUGUCUGAACACCCUGGGCUCCUUCCGCUGUGUCUGCAACCCUGGCUACCAGCUGUCUGGCCAGCGCUGUCUGGACAUCAACGAGUGCAGCAGGCAUGUGUGCCCAGGUCACCAGCAGUGCCGCAACACAGAGGGAGGCUACCAGUGUUUCGACAGCUGCCCAGCUGGCAUGAGAAUGGGAGAGAAUGGAGCCUGCGUCGAUGUGGACGAAUGCCAGGAUGGAAGCCACUUGUGCCGGUACAGCCAGAUGUGUCAGAACACCAUUGGGGGGUACGGCUGUGUCUGCCCCAGAGGUUAUCAGUCCCAGGGGGUGGGCCGUCCAUGCCUGGACAUUGAUGAGUGCCUACAGAUGCCAAACCCCUGUGCCCACCAGUGCCGUAACAUGCCAGGCAGCUUCCGGUGCCUCUGCCCACCAGGCACUGUGUUAAUGGGGGAUGGGCGCUCUUGUGCUGGUCUAGAGAGAGGACAGGUCUUCUCCAACGGUAGCCGUGUCAGGGCAAGACUGCGCCCACAGCUGGUGUCAUCGCUGGGUAGGCCCAUUCCCUCUCGGCAUCAUGGGGUGUCUCGCAUCACCAGACAGAGCUGCCCCAUAGGCUAUACCAACAGAGAUGGCACAUGUGUCGAUCUGGAUGAGUGCUUGCUGAGGAACCCAUGCCAACAUGAGUGCCGGAACACAAUAGGGGGUUUCCAGUGCCUCUGUCCUACAGGCUACCAGCUGUUACCCAACGGCAGGAGUUGCACAGACAUUGAUGAGUGUGCAGUACAAGGCAUCCAGUGUGGACACAACCAGAUGUGCUUCAACACUCGUGGAGGAUAUCAGUGUUUGGACACGCCCUGCCCUGCAUCCUAUCAGAAAGGAGGAAGCCCAGGGACGUGCUACAGACCCUGCUCUCGGGACUGUGGAUCUGGGGGUUCCCCUCUGCUACUGCAGUACAAGCUGUUGACCCUCCCCCUAGGCAUCCCAGCCAAUCACAACGUGGUGCGCCUGUCUGCCUUCUCGGAGGGGGGGGCGUUGCAGGAGAUAACAUCCUUCACCAUUCUAGAGCAGGGCAAUGAGGGGGGUCCAGGGGUGGGGGCAGGGGGCCAGAUGUUUGGCAUCAGGGACGAGGCAGGCAGGGGCAUCAUCUUCACCAUGCGGCCCCUGCAGAGGUCAGGCCUGGUGCGUCUCGGGGUGCAGGCCACCACCCUCUCCACACAGGGCCGCAUCACAUACCAGAGCAUCUUCAUCAUCUACAUCUCCAUCUCUAGAUACCCCUACUGAGAUGAGCCCCCCCAGCUGGAGGCUGGAACUGACUGUGUGUGCCCCUGAGAGGCCACUGACCCCUCCUUCACCAACCUCUGUAGAAUCAGGCCCACAGCCUGGAGGCCUGUGAGACAGAGCGUGCUAACCAAGCCAAGAAAGCACUAAUAAUGAGACAAGGUAAACAGUAUUAACACUAAGGAUUUCAUGGAUAUUUGGACCCUCUGGUACAAUAAGUAAACUGGAUUGAAAUGGAUCUUAAACUGUGGGGACACAAUUUUGCCAAAAUCUGUUCUUGUAAAGAAAUUGACCUUUUAUAAGAUUUGUUGGAUUCAUUACAAUGAACACUCCAAAGAUGGUCCUGUAGCAUUAGAAUGGCGUGUAGUUAUUUAUAUUGUGAUAAUGCUACAGGUGUGGCAAUAUUCUUUUAUCCCAAGUGUUUUUCUAUCAUUUUUGAAGUCAUUGUUGUCACUUGAACCAGCCAUAUGGUGCUAUUCUGAAGGUACUUGACAGCUUUGUUGAAUCAGUAAGGCAAAUGGUGUUUGCAUUGCAAGAACAAAUUUAUAAGAAAAGAUAAAAGUACAAGACCGUUUGAAAUUGUUUGCACUUAUCGGAAUCUGUUUUGAAUGGAGUUGGCCUCAGGUAGUAGGGCCACAAUAUGGACAUCAAUGUCCCUUUCUGCUUAAACCGUUUUAGUCAUUAGACUGUAGUAUUCUGAUUUAGCCAUCCAUCUUUCUUGAUGUGUUUCAAAGGUGCAGGGUUAGAAACUAUGGGGGGGUAGGAAGUAGCAAAGACAUUGUGCUGAACUAGAACUGUUCAUUUGUAAACCAAAAGAAUACUCAAUUAGUAUUAUACAUGAAACACACCCCAAAAUCAAAGAGAAUUUGAAAGUGGAGAACCACAUUCAGUGGGUGUUUGCAGGGGCGGACUGUGACAAGCAAUCAGACCUGGCAUUUCUAACACACUGGCCAAUCUCUAAAGCCCUCAUACCGGCCCCCAGUAUUAGCCAGAUAAGUCAUUUUGCACACACAAAAAAACAAGUUAGACCAGCCCAAUGGGCUAAAAAUGGACCAGCCCAUCUGGCAUUUACCUGAAAUGACAAUGGCCAGUUCACCCAUGUCACUAAGUUCACAUCCACCACAAACACUCCUCUAUGAGAUGAAGGGAGCAUAAAUUUCCUGUUAUACAUGCAGCUAUGUGAUACAUUCACCAUAACACUGUUAUUCCAUUGCUCACCCUCUUAGACCAUGAAUGUAUUUUGCAAAAAGGAACAUUCAUAACUUAUAUACAGCGAUUAAGAUAUUCUUAACCCCGAUUUCAAAGUUUUGAACUGUUGUAAAUGUAGCCGACAAAAAAACGUGUUGCUCAGAGUGGAAAAGUGGAAUCUGUUCCAGAUGAAUGCACAUAUAACGACGAUACAACCUGAUGCAGAGUGUCUUGAACAUUUCCUCUCUGUGUGGCCCACAAGUUAUAUAAAUAUCUCACUGUGGUAUGGAAUUACAAACAUGACAAGAGGAACUGAUGAUGCACUACCCAAUUUAGAAAUUGCACCUUGUGCAUUCUACUAUGUCAACUUUCAAGAGUAAGUUUAAAGCCAGGCAGAGUUACUAACAAAAAAAAGAAAACGUUUGGUUGUCGGUUCUGUUCCCUGAACUGGUUCCAAGUCCUGUCUUUAACCUUACAAACUAUUUCAUGAAAUAUGUUACCUAAUCAUUUUGUAGCCAUUAGUUCGUUGGCAAAUUUUAUAGAAAUUAUGCAAUUGGUGAUUUUGGACCAUUGCUGAUGGCCUCGACAACCCUCAGCAGCCAGUAACCAAUACAGUACAUAUUUCAGUAGGCCCUAUACUACAAUAAACAAUUUUGUCCCUGAAACCUAAGAAUUGAAUACUUCACUAGCUACAGUACCAGUCAAAAGUUUGGACAUACCUACUAAUUCAAGGGUUUUUCUUUAUUUCUACUAUUUUCUACAUUGUAGAAUAAUAAUGAAGAAAUGAAAUCUAUGAAAUAACCCACAUGGAAUCAUGUAGUAACCAAAAAAGUGUUAAUCAAAUCAAAAUAUAUUUGAGAUUUUAGAUACUUCAAAGUACCCACCCUUUGCCUUGAUGACAGCUUUGCACACUCUUGGCAUUCUCUCAAGCAGCUUCUUGAGGAAUGCUUUUCCAACAGUCUUAGCACUUGUUGGCUGCUUUUCUUUCACUCUGCGAUCCAACUCAUCCCAAACCAUCUCAAUUGGGUUGAGCUCGGGUGAUUGUGGAGGCCAGUUCAUCUGAUGCAGCACUCCAUCACUCUCCUUCUUGGUAAAAUAGCACUUACAUAGCCUGGAGGUGAAUUGGGUCAUUGUCCUGUUGAAAAACAAAUGAUAGUGGGACUAAGUGAAUUCUAAAAUUCAAGGCACAAAAGUCACUAGACAGUGUCACCAGCAAAGCACCCGCACACCAUCACACCUCCUCCUCCAUUCUUCAUGGUGGAUCCACACAUGUGGAGAUCAUCUGUUUACCUACUCUGCGUCUCACAAAGACAAGGCGGUUGGAACCAAAAAUCUCAAAUUUGGACUUAUCAGACCAAAGGACGGAUUUCCACCCGUCUAAUGUUUCUAGGCCCAACCAAGUCUCUUCUUAUUAUUGAUGUCCUUUAGUAGUGGUUUCUUUGCAGCAAUUCGACCACGAAGGCCUGAUUCACGCAGUCUCCCCUGAACAAUUGUGUCUGUUACUUCAACUCUGUGAAGCAUUUAUUUGGGCUGCAGUUAUAUCUAAUGAACUUAUCCUCGGCAGCAGAAGUAACGAUGGUUCUUCCUUUCCUGUGGCUGUCCUCAUGAGGGCCAGUUUCAUCAUUACACUUGAUGUUUUCUGUAUUCCUCCCGUAGCUUGUCACAAGACAACUGAUUGGCUCAAAUGGAUUUAUAGGGAAAGAAAUUCCACAAAUGAACUGUUAAUUGAAAUGCAUUCCAGGUGACUACCUCAUAAAGCUGGUUGGAGAACUUUAACCUCUUACCUCCACCUGACACGCAGGCGUCCCAUCUAGACAUCUGGAAAUGCAAAUGCGCUACGCUAAAUGCUAAUAGCACUCGUUAAAACUCAAACGUUCAUUUAAACACAAAUGCUUUUCGGCGAAAGCAUGAGAAGCUAUUAUCUGAUAGCAUGCAACACCCCUAAAGACCCGCAAGGGACGUAAACAAAAUAAUUAGCAUAGUCGGCGCUACACAAAAUGCAGAAAUAAAAUAUAAAACAUUCAUUACCUUUAACGAUCUUCUUUGUUGGCACUCCUAGAUGUCCCAUAAACAUCACUAUUGGGUCUUUUUUUCCGAUUAAAUCGGUCCAUAUAUAGCCUAGAUAUCGAUCUAUGAAGACUGUGUGAUCAAGGAAAAAAACAGCGUUUUAUAACGCAACGUCAUUUUUUAAAUAAAAAAAAAAUCGACGAUAAACUUUCACAAAACACUUCGAAAUACUUUUGUAAUGCAACUUUAGGUAAAAAAGUUAAUAAUCGAUCAAAUUGAUCACGGGGCGAUGUAUAUUCUAUAGCUCUACGUCUUGAAAUAAUGUCCGGGUAAAUCUCAACCAAAAUAUCCUGUUGGAGACCGGAAGAAAUGGGCUGUCUCUUGUUCGUUUGACCAAGAAACAAAUCCUAGGCAAAUGACAAGACUGUUGCCAUCGAGUGGAAGCUGUAGGUAUUGCAACCUCGGCUCCAGGUAAUGUGAUUUCUAUUCAACAAUACAUUCAAGUGGCGCAUUGAUAUAUUUUCCAGUUUUCAGUGAUCAGAUUUUCCUGCGCUUUUCGAUGAAACGCACGUUCUGUUAUAGUCACAGCCGUGAUUUAACCAGUUUUAGAAACGUCUGAGUUUUCUAUCCACACAUACUAAUCAUAUGCAUAUACUAUAUUCCUGGCAUGAGUAGCAGGGCGCUGAAAUGUUGUGCGAUUUUUAACAGAAUGUUCAAAAAAAGUAGGGGGCAGGAUCAACAGGUUAAAGAAUCUCAAAUAAAAAAUAUAUAUUUCAUUUGUUUAACACCUUUUUGUUUACUACAUGAUACCAUGUGUUAUUUCAUAGUUUUGAUGUCUUCACUAUUAUCUUACAAUUAGAAAAUAAUAAUAAUAAUUCAACCUUGAAUGAGUAGGUGUGUCCAAACUUUCGACUGGUACUGUUUGUAAGUUGAUGCCCUCAUCAUUUGUAAUGUUAUGAUGGAAUGCAGUGUAUAUAUGACAGGAUUUAAGACGGAUUUUAUAUUUAACAAUAUGGCAUAAUAUUAGCAUUAUAAUCACUAUAAACCAGCAAACGAUCCCUUUAGGAAUAUUAUAGAUAAAUUGUUUGGCACAUUUUAGAAAAAUAUGGCUAAUAUUUUACAAAGAUUAUAUAUUUUGGAAACCGGGCUAAAUUGGUUUUGUUAUCUGCAUAAUUUUAAUAAAUGUUUUUUUUUUGUAUUAUCAUUA